GGCGCUGACACGCUGCGUUACAACUGAUGAGACGCAUUUCUUCUCACCUUUCCCUCCGACAGGGCACCAAUGACUGAACCCUGUGUGAGAAGAACCGGACUAAUAAACGCGCAUUUCAAGGAUGCUAUUUUUCUACGCCAGUAUGAAGCAGUCUUUUCCACCUGUACAGCCUUGUACAGAUAGGUGAACAGAAGCACCUGAAGACCCUUUCAAAACAUUCAGCACUGUGGACACAUGGAGGACACAAUACAAGCCAAGAAUACAUAAUUUCAGAGACAAGUCUGACAGAGUCCUAACCACAACAAAUUCCCCUUCAGCUUCAGCUGAUGGACAUUUGCUUUUUCCUACGUUGUGGUUGUAAAUAUAACACUUUGUCCCACCAGUUCAAAGGCCUCCCACAUUUAUCCUCCUCCUGCCCCUCAGAGGGGCAAUGCCAGUCUUGCUUAAUGCCGACGCCUCCUUCAGCUCCAAGCAGGAGCUCCUGGACCUACAGGAAUGCCCUCUCAGUGGGGGUCCCUCUCUGGACACCCCCAGUCCCGUGGACUCCCAGACAGGCAGUCCCAUAGGCUCAGGCCCCAGAAGCCCCGGCAGUCCCGGAGCUGAUGGCCCCAUUCGGCCGCACAUUUUCACUGGGGCCACCUCACUCCCCGGUCAGAUAUAUGGGGUGGAAACAAGACCCCAUCCAGAGACUCCCAUUGGAUUAAAGCUGAUCUCCACUGACUUGGAUCAGCUAUGUGGCUGGGGGGCUCUGACACCCAAAGCUAUUCAAGUUUUCAACACCCCUCGUUGGGUGCUGUUCUUCCUUUGUGUGGCCUCUUUCCUCCAGGGGAUGAUAAUCAAUGGCUUCAUUAACACGGUGAUCACCUCCAUUGAGAGACGCUUUGAUCUGCGCAGCUACCAAGCCGGCCUCAUCGCCAGUUCCUACGACAUCGCUGCCUGUGUCUGCCUGGCCUUCGUCAGUUACUUUGGUGGGACGGGCCAUAAGCCUCGCUGGCUGGGAUGGGGGGUGCUGAUCAUGGCACUGGGUUCCCUGGUGUUUGCCUUGCCUCACUUCACCACACCCCCCUACCAGGUCAGUCUGCCCGAGCAAACAGGAAUGUGCUCCGCCAACCGUACCAACCCGUGCCAGGACAAGGCGGGCGGGGGAUUGUCCAGCUAUCGUUUUGUGUUCAUGCUGGGCCAGUUUCUCCAUGGUGUGGGAGCUACGCCUCUCUACACGUUAGGGGUCACAUACCUGGAUGAGAACGUCAAGUCCAACUAUGCGCCUGUGUAUAUAGGGGUCUUCUACACCGCAGCCAUUGUGGGCCCGGCAGCAGGCUACCUGCUUGGAGGAUACUUCCUUAACAUCUACACUGAGAUCCACCUGACGACAGAGAUGACUCCAGAGAACCCUCUGUGGGUCGGGGCCUGGUGGAUUGGCUUCCUUGCAGGAGGAGCAGCAGCUCUGCUGGUAGCAUUCCCCAUCCUAGGCUACCCACGACAGCUGCCGGGCUCUCAGGAGUAUGUGGCCAUGCGGGUGUCUGAGGCCCACCAGCUUAAGGAUGGAAGUCAUACCACAGCCUCAGACCCUCAGUUUGGCAAAUCAGUUAAAGACAUGCCAAGAUCUGUGCUGCUCCUCUUAAAGAAUCCCACUUUCCUGUUCCUGUGCUUGGCUGGAGCUACUGAGGCCACCCUCAUUGCUGGCAUGUCCACAUUUGGUCCGAAGUUCUUGGAGUCGCAGUUCAGUCUCAGUGCAUCCGAGGCUUCUACAUGGUUUGGAUACAUGGUGGUACCUGCAGGAGGUGGUGGCACCUUCCUGGGCGGCUACAUUGUGAAGAGACUGAACCUGCGCUGUCGAGGUAUCAUCCGUUUCUGCAUGAUAUGCGCGAUGGUCAGCCUGCUCGCCAUCUUCAUUUUUCUCAUCCACUGCCCCAACGUGCCAAUGGCUGGUGUCACAGCACCGUACCAGUCCGGACUGAUGGAGAAACACCAGCUGGACCAGUACAAACACCUAUACGACAAGCCCAGCACGCUGCACCUUACAAACAGUUCUUCUUUAGAGGAGAACCUGACAGUGGGCUGUAAUGCAGGCUGUAGUUGUGUCAGAGAGCUGUAUAACCCUGUGUGUGGGGCAGAUGGUGUGAUGUACUACUCCCCCUGCCACGCUGGCUGCAGCUCCAUCAACCAUACCGAACGCUCCACUGGAAAACAGGUUUACUCUGGAUGUAGCUGUGUGGUGGGUAAUGUGUCCUGGGGUGAGGAGGGCUUUGCUUUGGCAGGAAAGUGUGGCAGCUCCUGCCACCACAUGUCAGCCUUCCUCUCCUUCCUCUUCAUCAUCAUCUCCUUCACCUUCCUCUGUAGCAUCCCAGCACUCACUGCCACGCUCAGGUGUGUGCCAGACAGCCAGAGAUCCUUCGGACUUGGCAUCCAGUGGAUAGUUGUGCGCACACUUGGUGGUAUUCCAGGACCCAUAGCAUUUGGCUCUGUGAUUGACAUCUCCUGCUUACUGUGGCAGGAUCAGUGUGGCGAGCAGGGCUCCUGCUACCUCUAUCAGAACUCAGCCAUGAGCCAGUAUACACUAGUAGCUGGCAUCAUCUAUAAGGUUCUGGGGGCAAUCUUUUUCCUGUUAGCCAGUAUCCUGUACAAGCCUCCUCCCGAGUCGCCUCAAAGCAGCUGUGAAAGCACCGACCACGGAGUAAGAAGCAUGAGCGACCUGCCUGUCAAAGACCUGCCUGAAGAGGGCGUUAUCGUCAACCUGCACGCCAGGUUAUGACGUCGGACACCCCCUAACCGCUGAGUCUUUAUCUGAUUGUAUGUGUGUAUGUGAAGGUGCUGCUUAAUGCAGGAUGUGUGAAUGUGUGUUUGGGGGGUGGGAGGGUGCUUGCUUUUUUUUUACACCAACAGCCUUCUCUCAGCCAUAAUAACACCAGCCCCCAACAUACACGUGUGCAUGUAAACACAUGCAAUUACACAAAUGGACAAAACAACAGACAAAAUACAGACACACAAAACACAAACAGUCCCAGAAUGCUUUUGUGCACAUCUACACACACACACACACACACACACACACACACACACACACACAACUUUUUAUAGUACAUAAUGAUUUCUAACAUGCUGCUCUCUUGGAACAAAAUCCUGCUGUGACUGCAUGUGUGUGCAUGUGUGUGUAUCUGCGUGUUUGAACGACAGGGCAGUGCCACACAAUUUUUGUAUGUACUAGGAAUCAUUUCUAAAGAUAUCACACAGCGACGUUCCGUCAGCUGAAAUGACUUACUAGAAUGUGAGUCUGAUGACGUCUCUGUUUUUGUGUUGUCAUUACAUCACAGGUCAUCAUCCCCCCCAAAACCAGUGAAACAGACCUGUGUGGUGUAUAUUAUAUGCCAUGUGUAUGAAGCAUUUAUUAUGUGGACAAAAAGGCAUCUAUAUCCAUCUUCUCCUUCUGUUCUUUCCCCUUUACUGGAAGGUCAUUACACUGCUUUAUUUGCUACCCACAGAUAAAGUCAUGGUCUCAUAUGUUGUACCGGUGCCACCUCCAGACCAGACACAACGAUGCCAAAUCAUUUUCAUGUCAUAUUUUAAGCCAAGAGUAUCUAAAGGCACUUGUAUUGAUAUAAUGUGAACAUAUACUAUUGGUCACAGUAAAGCAGCACAAAUAUAUUUUCAAUUAGAAAAGCACAUGUGUAUUUUUGAUAGCUACUUAAACACAUGUAUAAAAGAUUUAUAACUCGUAAUUGGCUUGUAUUUAAAAGUAGAAAUAAAGAGAGGAAGAAAACCGCAAUGCGUUUGUGAUCUACAUGAAACAGAUGUACACACUGGGUUGAUGGUUUGAUUGCUCUGUUUGCCUGUUGAGUAGUAAAAGCUUUGAUGCUUCUCUUCUGUAGAAAUUGCAUAGCUGCACUUUAAAAAAAACAACAACAAAAAAAACAACAAAAAAAACAAAAGCACUGAGAGGUUUGGAAAGUGUGUAAAGGCCUGGUUACACCGGGAUUUAAAAAAAUUCACACAUUUUUUUUUUGCAUCAAGUUCAACUUUGGAGAACUCUGACGUGAAUUUUUACCUUGAGCAGUUCAAGCGGUCUCUAAAUUACUGAAUCAAUCAAGUCCAGAAUGGAGGAAGCAGUCGUAGCCUGUUAGCUGUGCUAACAAAGUGAAACCAAACUUUCAGGCUUUGUUCCAGGGCGUGAAAGUGAAAAGUCCCAUUUACAUUCGUAACAAUGCAGUUAACUAAAAACCCAACUCUGGAAUUUAGAUCCUUUCUCAAGAGUAUGUUGUGUGAUUUACUCCUUAUGUUUAGAUUAGGACUGUACUUUAAAACUUUAUGCUCUGCUCCGCUAAUCGCCUCCUGCCGUACAUUUCAAACUUAACAGACGGGCAUCAGAGUGGUUUUUAGAGAUAAUAUAUUGUUGAUUUCUGUUUGUGGCUGCCUUUGACUAACAUCAUUUUCUAUAAGCCCUAGACUAUCCUAUGUUUAACAUCAUAGCUUGACAGUAAAGGUGAGUCCCUGGGUGAGUCAAGGGGCUGUAGUCAGUUCAGGCCUCUCUGUAAUAACAGGAGGACAGAGGAGAGAGAAUGAUGUGGAUGUUUUUAGAGAAGGGAGAUUACAACUUGAAAUGUUUAGAAGAGACAGGAGUGGUGACUUAGGAAGUGUUUGCAGGACUAGUUGGUGAAAUACUUGGGAACAUGCUGGCACUUGUCAGUCACAGUUUCUCUCUGAGCUUCUUACUAAUUUCUCUGUGUCAUUUCUGUUCCCCUGGCAUUUUGUUCUAAGGACUGAGCAUUAUUUCGCCCAAUAAUGAAGAGGGAACAAAGCUCACACAUCGGUUGGUUCGUACAGUUUAUUAACAAGAAGUUGUUUGUACAUUCAGCUCCUGUCUCACAGCUGUUUGUUAACCAUUCCUCUUUUGUGGAGUUUAUGCUCCGUCACAGGAGCUUAAGUAGAAGUGGUUGAUGCAGUGUAGCUAACGAGCUACGGUAGCGUGCCACACCUUGGACUCUCCAGCUCUCUCUUCUGUGGAAGUUCACCAUAGUUGAACUUGCUGUGAAAACGUUUUACUGACGUACCUCAGCCCUGCAAGCAAAGACUUUUCCGUUUGAAGGAAGUGACUUUGCCACAGAGUUCUGCGGUUUGAAAUGCUGGUGUGACGGAGCCUUUAACAGGGAGUUUGUGGGAAGCAGCUUGUAAGUUGGAGCUGUCGAAGCUAACGCACAAUUGGCAUGACAUGCAGUAUGACAAAUAUUUGGACCUAAUUAUCACAGUACUGUAAGUCCAGAAAUGUGCCAAAGCAGCUUUGCCUAACAACUCUUGUAUUUUAUUUUUUAUCAUUGACCUUAUUUAUACAAAUAAUUUAUUGAUAAAAACAAAUUCAGCACUUGUUUUUGUUGUAUGCUUUCACUGUGUGAUGGUGAUGAUGAUGAUGAUGAAAGGAAUGCUGCCCUGGCUCUUCUCCUCCCAUCCUUUGUCCACAAAAACACCUCCUCUUGUCUUAAUUGUUUAUGUGAUAGUGAAACACAACUCGCUGUGUGUUGCCUGUGUUGUUAUGUCUUUUAAGAACAGACCUUAACACCCUCCAGCUGAUGUUCAUGCAGCUGAGCUCCAUGUGAAUGUGUAUAUGCUCUCCUCAUAUUUGUGCUUUGACAAACCACUCUGUAAACUGAUUUUUAUUCAUUUUUUAUUUUGUUUUUGGUACUGUAUGGGUUUUUUUUAAAAAAAAGAAAAAA